AUGAUCUUAUUCUGGAUGAUUCUCCCUUCCUAUCUAUCCUUCCUUCCUAUCCUUCCUUCCUAUUCUAUCCUAUUCUUCCUUCUCAUUCAAUCCAAGUCCAGAGACCUGCUAUUGGGGAUAGCUAGCAAUAAACAUAUUAAGAACUUGGAGCUGGAUCUAAGUUCUAAUGAAUUCAAAACUACAGGGGCCAAUAUGAUUGGUAGUUGCAUAGCAACCAUUCGUAACAUUACCAGACUGGAUCUUAGUGACAAUGGUUUCGACUCUGAUUUGAAGAGUUUGCUAGGCUGGGUGUCUCAGAAUCGCUACAUUAAGCAUAUAGCCUUAGGACGUAACUUCCAAAAUGUUAAACCUAAAAAUCUGGAAGACGUCCUGAAUUCUGUAGUAGAGCUGAUACAAGAGGACAAUUCUCCACUGGAGAGUAUAUCUUUAGCAGAUUCCAAACUGAAAACUGAGACAACAGUUUUCAUCAAUGCACUGGGAAGCAACUCAACUCUAAGAUCAAUUGAUAUAAGUGGAAAUAACAUGGGUGAUGUUGGGGCCAGGAUGCUGUCCAAAGCUUUACAGAUAAACACAAAGCUUCAUACGGUAUAUUGGGACAAAAAUAACACAACAGCUCAAGGUUUUGAUGACGUCGCUGCUGGAUUACAGAGGAACUAUACAGUGAAAAAGAUGCCGACGCCCAUAAUUGAUGCAGCGAAGUGUCAGUCAGAAAGAGCUCAAGUGGCUCUUGAAAAGAUAGAAUCUCUCCUUCAAAGAAACCAUUGCCCGAGAAAGUUUGCAAGUGACCAAGCUUACAGGCUACAACAAGGAUUCCUUAUCAGCGCUACACAACAAAUGGUUGAUAGGCUUGUUGUUCAGGUGCAAGACACUGUUAAUGCUCUGGAGAGAAACCCUCAAGAUGACAUGAAAGAAGACAUCGAGAGAGCUGUCAAUUGUAUUAAAGAUGCUGAUACAUCAAAACAGUUGCUACCAAGGCUACAAGAAAUUGCAUUUGAAUCUGAAAAAGAGGGUGGCACUAUACAGAAAAAGCUCAAUGAAAUAUCGCAGAAUUUGUCAGACGUUUUACAUGAUCAACUCCAGGAGAAUCUAGGAGAAAUGGUGACAUGCGCAGAAAAGCAAUGUCCAACAGUUCUUUCUGAUAAGAAUCUGAAAUCUGAAAUCGAAACAACAUGCGACGAGAAAAGUACUCUUCCCGCCAAUUUCUCCAGAGGCCUUAUUGUGGAGCAAGUCGGGACGGAUGUUAUGAACAAAAUCAGCGAGCUGAAUUUGUCUGUCGCAGCUCAUAUGUCCGAUAGAGUUAUAGAUGGCGUCAUAGAAUCACUCUCGUCCAGCCAUAAAUCUUUGAUAAAUCAUCUCAAUAUCAUAAAAAGCGGAAGAGUAUCGAAAAGAUCGAUGAAAGAUGUCGUAAAAGCAGAAACAUCUGAAAAAGCCCCAGAGAGUAUAAUUUUGAGAACCAAAGAUUCCACUCCUGAGGUUUCCCCGAAGUUGUCAAAUAAAAGGAAAAGUCUUGCGUCAAGGAAGCUAAGACCCCAGUCUGUCAUUGCACGUAGUGAUGUAGAACUAGCUUUAACAAUAGUGCCAAUUGACAUAUCCCCAGAAUCUGAUUCUAACAGUGUUGCUAAGGAGCCUUUAGACAUGUCUAAAACUACAUUUUAUACUAACCUUGAAGACCCCUUAGUUGAAGAACAAAUGGACAAAGAUGUUGAAAAAGUGCAACCUGAAAAAGUUCGGAUGACAGAGCCAAUAAAUGUUGAUGAACCUGAAUCCCCACCCAAGGCAAUGACAUCAAAGUCUGAAAAUGAUCUAGCUAAAGAACUUGACAAGUUGUCAAAUCCACGUAUUUCUCUCCCACCAAUGGGACAGCCUGUUCAAAACCUUAACCACCUGGUAAAGAGUCGCCCAAAGCGUGCGAAAACCCAUGCUGCUAAGCGUGCAAUUACCCACAAAUCCACUGAAAGUCUCGAUGGAACAAUCGAGGAAGAUGAUAGUGUCAGUGACUUCCACCAGAUGGAGCUAUCAAGUUCGAGGGAGAAUUCAAUCGAGCGAUUGGACUCGAAAGAAAGCAGUGCAGAAAAGGAAGAUGCAAGUCCUUCGAAGGAUGAGCCCAAAAAGAAAGGGGUGGCAGGCCUAGGAGCUGCUUUAGCCAAGGACAUGAAAAGUUUCUUUUCACGGAAAUCCCCAAGCCCAAAAAGUCCGGAUGUCAGUAAAAAAGAAAUCCCAACGAAAAAAGAGACCCCUGAGCCACCAAGUCAGCAAAAUAAACCAAAAGAGACUCCUACUACACCAGUAAAAACUUCGAUUACACCAGUAAAAACUGAUGCUAUGCCAGAACCAAAGAUUGCCUUGAUUCCUCCAAGUCCAUCAAAAAUUGAUGAGGAAGCUGAGAAGAGCUCUCCUGAAGCAGAGGAGAAAAAAGAUGCAGAAGAACAUGUAGAAGAAGAAAAAGACGAGGUUCCUGAAGAUCCCCAACCACCCCCAAGGCGAUCAGUUGUGCCAAAGAUUGGCCUCCCAGGGAUGGGAAUGGGGGGUGGUAUGUUUGCUGAAAUGCAAAAGAAACGAGCAACCAUCAACUUUAAAAAGGUUGAAAAUCUGGAAAAAGAUAAAGAAAAAGAUACGAAAGAAUCCUCCCCUCAACAACCUGUGAUUGGCUUAGCCAAACUACGCAAGUCACCCCAAGCUAUACAAAGACCAGAGAGUGCUACGAAAUCCAGCUCAGAUACCACUGAUAAGUCAGCCUCACUUUCGGAUAAGUCAGCCUCACUUUCACUCCAACCUACUCCUGCAGCUUCCUCACCUGAAACCAGCAAAACCAGCUCAGAAAAACCAUCCAUCCCAAAACCAAACCCACCCCCUGGAGCGAUGAAACUUCCUGAACUUCGCCCAAAUCCUGGAAAACCAGUUCCAGCACAACGUACAUCCAGGGUGCCCCCACCAAUCACCGCACCGAAACCAAAACCACCAACUUUAGCCCCAAAACCACGAAAUCUUAAACCUGGUGUGAGCUCAUCACCUGGCAGGACUAGUCCAGUACCAGCAGAAAGGACUAGUAAAUUAGCAAGGAUGUCCGCAGCAGAAUCCCAAGAGAAUGCAGAUAAAGACAAAGAAAUCCCAAAACCAGAAGAAGAUACUCCAGCACCUGAAUUACCCUCAACUCGCCCACCCUCCGUAAAGGCAAAAUCAGAGGAAAAACAAGUAGAAAUAAAUGACAAUAAACCAGAAAUCCAACCCGACUUGGACAGUGGAAUUUUAUCAAAAUCCGAAGAAGAUUUGAUAACUGAUAAGGAGGGCGACAAAAGUCAGGAUAUUAAAAACGAGUUGGAGUUGCUAAGCGAUGAGGGAGUGACAGAUGAUGAUGUCAUCAAAUCAAAAGCAGCAUCGCUACCAAGAACCACAAAACCCACAGAUAAAGAUGUGUCCCCUAGAUCCAUUUCCAUGUAUGGCGGAUCUCCGAAACAACGCCAAGCCCAAAGUCUUUUUGGAGCCAUAGCGAAGGAAAUCAACAUCACUAAAACAGGAAGUGAUGAAAACAUAUCGAAAAAUGACGAUAAAAUACCUGACCAAAAUGUAGAUAUAAACACACCUCCCGUCAAAGAGGAAGUAGCUCCAAGUGAGCCUAAAAGUAGGAAUUCUAGUGAAAAGGAAUCACUCGAAAAUUCAAAAUCCAACUCGGCUAGUGAAAAGGAAGAUGUAAAUAUGAAUGAAAGUGGACAAAAUCCAGAUAUAAUAGUCUACCUGUAGUAAAAAAUAACCAAAACUGUCACGAGGGUUGCAUUUCAAAAUGCAAAAUAGAGUGGAAAAGAGAGAAAAUGACGAGGAAUGAAAUAAACAGACACGUAG